UCCUCAAAGAGGAAAGGAAAGUUGCACCCGUCCUUGCAAAGCAAAGCUGCUACUAGAGUCUAGACUGGUAACAUGAAGCUAUUCUGUGAUGAAGUGCUGGCAACUGUUGUGCCCAUAGCAGUGUACUGGGUGUACUCCGGCGUGUACAUGUGGCUUGGCCAGUGCCAGUCAAUGGACAGGUACAGGCUACACCCCAGGAAGGAGGAGAACGGCAAGAACUUGGUGUCCAAGCGCGACGCCGUCAAGGGCGUCGUCCUGCAGCAGCUCCUCCAGGCCGCCACCGCCGCCGCCAUGUUCACCCUUGUAGGCGAGAGCACCGCGACGGCCACCGGCAGAGCACCGCAGCGGACCUGGACCGGGACGUGCUUGACGGUGGCGUGCCAGAUCGGAGUGGCCAUGGCCGUGCUCGACGGGUGGCAGUACGUGUGGCACCGGUGCAUGCACCUCAACAGGUUCCUGUACCGGCACGUCCACUCGUGGCAUCACCGCCUCGUCGUGCCCUACGCCUUCGGCGCCCUGUACAACCACCCCAUCGAGGGCCUCCUCCUCGACACCAUGGGCGGCGCGCUCGGCUUCCUCGCCUCCGGCAUGUCCCCGCGCGUCUCCAUCUUCUUCUUCACGCUCUGCACCGUCAAGGCCGUCGACGACCACUGCGGCAUGUGGCUGCCGGGGAACAUGUUCCACCGGUGCUUCUGGAACAACACGGCGUACCACGAUGUCCACCAUCAGCUGCGCACUAGUGGAUACAACUUCUCGCAGCCCUUCUUCGUGACAUGGGACAGGGUGUUUGGGACGCACAUGCCCUAUGUGAUCGAGGAAGACAGGGCCCACGGUGUGCUCCGGGCGCGGCCCAUGGCCUUACAUACAUCUGCCGGAAAAUAGCUACCAGAAAACACACUAGCAGCUAGCCACACCACACAACUUUUGUAUCUUUUUUUUUGUAUCCCUUCAAUAAUCUCUGAUACUAGGGCAACUAUGCGAAUAUUCCGACGGAUAUAGCUACAUAGGGAUAAAGAAACAUUUGUAUGUUGGUUAAUCUGCAUAAAUAAUAGAUCCUUGAUGGCGCGUGUUGCUGCGGCCGUCUGUUUUGACUCUUAA